AUGAUAUUAUGCAUUAUUAUGAGAGCUCUAUUUGCUGCUGGUGGUUUUCAUUGGGUUAAGGUGAAGGGAAAACAAGCAACAUCAAAAGAAGCCCCAGUUUUAGCUGUUGCUCCUCAUUCUUCUUAUUUUGAUGCUCUCAGUGUUGUUUAUUUGGGAGGUCCCAGUGUAGUCGCCAAAGGGGAAACGGGAAUUUUACCGCUUUUUGGAAAGCUUAUUAAUUAUACUCAACCAGUUUACGUGUGGCGAGACGAUCACGAUUCUAGGCAAAAUACGAUAAAAGAAAUUAUCGAACGAGCUAAUUCAGAAUUAGAUUGGCCCCAGGUACUUAUUUUUCCAGAGGGAACUUGUACCAAUAGGUCAUGUUUAAUUACAUUUAAAUCUGGAGCAUUUUAUCCGGGAGUACCCGUGCAACCUGUUUGUAUACGUUAUCCAAACAAACUGGAUACUGUUACAUGGACGUGGGAAGGACCCGGAGUUUUAAAGCUCCUUUGGUUGACACUGACACAAAUUCACAGUUGUUGCGAAAUUGAAUUUUUACCCGUUUAUAAACCGAACAAAGAAGAAAAAAAUGAUCCGAGACUAUUUGCAAAUAAUGUUCGAAAAGUAAUGGCACGUGCAUUAGGAAUUCCGGUAUCCAAUUAUACAUAUGAUGACUGCAAAUUAAUGAAUAGAGCAAAACAAAUGAAAUUACCAUAUGCAGGAAAAUUAGUUGAAGUUCAAAGGUUACGUCAGGCAUUAGGAUUAACAGAAUCAAACAUGGAAGAAAAAAUUAUUCGCAGUAGUAAUUACAAAUCUAUAAUAAAAUCACCGAUGAUGUCUUAUUAUCAAUUCACCGAGGCUUUAAAAUUAUCACCUAAUAAUUCAUUAGCUUCUCAACUUUUUAAAUUAUGUGAUAAAAAAAGUAUUGGAGUCAUAGAUUUCAGAGAUUACUUAUUGACUGUAUUAGUUAUAGCAAAAAAUAAUAACAUACUCGAUUUAUUAUAUCUCGUUUUUAAAGUAGUAGAUAAGGGAGAUAAUCAUAUAAAAGAGUCUGAUUUUUGCAUCAUGGUUCAUAGAAUAUUAUCUAUUGAAACAGAACAAUGUUUAACCCUGUUUAAGAAAAUAGAUGUUAAUUGUAAAGGCUACAUUUCAUAUGAUGAAUUCAGAGAUUUUGCUAAGAAAAACAAAGAAUUUUUAAGUCUAACUAAAUCGAAUAAUUGCAUUAAAGGAAAAUCUGAAUAA